AUGGAACAUAAACCGGUCCAGAAUCCUACACAGGGAAAUGAAGGCUGCAAACGUGCUUCUAUCUGGAGAUGGUUUUCUCAAAUUCGCGGAUGCGGAUUGGCAAGGCCGUUUUAUAUGGGAAAACAGAUGCCAGUGGAACGGAAAACUCAAACAGAGGAGAAGACGAAAAGAAAGAGGCAAAACAUCGGAGGAAUUCAAGAACCUUUAGGCAACAAGGAGGCAACGGGGGAGGUGACCAGCAGAGAAGAAGUAUAG